UAUUUACUUCAAUCCUACUCUUGCAGCCAGCUCAGGUACGAUGGAUUUGAAGCUAUUGCAUCCAACUUGGCCAAAGUUGUCAACAUCAUCAGUGCAUGCCCUCCAAUGGCACGACUCCACCAAGUUGUUAAUCUCGGACUUCAAGCUGAAGCAGAAGGAGUAAAACCUGAACCCACAGUGAUUCCUGGCCUGACACCAGCUGUGGAACCCAGNUUUCCAUGUGGUAAACAUCUGGAUUUUAUUUUGUUAGGAGUAAAACCUGAACCCACAGUGAUUCCUGGCCUGACACCAGCUGUGGAACCCAGUCGAGGAAUUGAUUUGGAAUAUGAACCGGAAGAUCAUGGUACCAGUCCUCCCGCAGCCAUGUACGAGACGUAUUACGUCACAGCUCACAAAGCUCCCUGUAGAACAGCAAGUUUUAGCCCAAACGGUCGACUGAUAGCUACUGGCUCUGUGGAUGCUUCCAUUAAGGUGUUAGAUGUUGAGAGGAUGGUCGCCAAGAACACAAUGCCGCAAACACAAGAUCAGGGCGGAGGAACUAAUCUGGAGAAUCAUCCAGUUAUCAGGACACUUUAUGAUCACAUGGAGGUACAGCUAACUUACAUACAAGUGAUUUUACCAUGGAAACCUUAUGUUGAGGAGUUUGCACAAACUACAACGCCGACGGCAAUGAGAACGCCACCCCCUCCCCCUGAAAAAAGAAUGAAUGCAACCCCGAGCCCAGGCUCUCUCGGAGAAGGAGCCUGGGAUCGAGGUUGGACUGAUGAACAGGUCCAGGUUGCUAGAAAGAUCUGGGAUGGAGUCAGUAACAAAUGCAUUGCAACAUUUCCUCAAGCACACAAUGGUGCCGAGGUUUAUUCUGUGUGCUUUUCUCAGAACGCAAAGUAUAUUGUAUCGAGUGGAAAAGAUUCCCUGGUGUUCUUAUGGGAACUAUCGACAGGCAGAGCAUUGAGCAUGUACACGGGAGCGACCAUGUCGAACUACAGAACACAGAUUGUCUUCAACCAUACUGAGGAUUUCUUAAUCGUCGCAGAUGAAUCGAACAACAGCAUAGCAUGCUGGGACACGAGAACAACGGAAAAGCAAAAGCUUCUUAAUUCAGGUCACAACAAUCACAUUCGUUGUAUCACCCACUCCCCCAUGGGAGCGGCUUUUGUCUCAUGUAGUGACGACUUCAGAGCAAGAUUUUGGUACUGUCAGGGAGUGUAGAGCUGUUCCUCCUGAAUCUGUUUUAUCUUUUCAACUCCACACCACCGCUGCAAUGAGGGCCAUGGAAAGUUAAAGAAAAAAGUUUCAAACCUGAGCUGAGGAUAUUUUUUUGUACAAGGUGACUCCACAGACGCCGUUUAAGUCACGAUCUCGACACGUGCUACUUCUAAAUUUUGAAAUUCUAAAUGCCAACAGGACAAGUCGCCAUUUUGGAUUUCAUCUUUGGAUGACCCCGUGAGGUAUCUCACACAGUUGUCACGUCAAAAUAGGAAAGGCACCAAUUACGUUUGCCCUCCACAUUGUACGUUGUCUAGGGAUUUAGAACAAUAAAACAUUAACUAACUCAA